AUGCCCAGCAUCUUCGCCUACCAGAGCUCCGAGGUGGACUGGUGUGAGACUAACUUCCUGCAUUCGGAACUGGUGGCCGAGUUCUACAACACGUUCAGCAAUGUCACCUUCUUCAUCUUCGGGCCUUUCAUGAUGUACCUGAUGCACCCCUAUGCCCAGCAACGCAACCUCUACAUCCAUGGUGUCUGGGUCCUCUUCAUGGCCAUAGGCCUGUUCUCCAUGUACUUCCACAUGACCCUCAGUUUCCUGGGCCAGCUGCUGGACGAGAUCGCCAUCCUGUGGCUGGUGGCCAGUGGCUAUUGCAUCUGGAUGCCUCGCUCCUAUUACCCCACCUUCCUCAGGAAGAACAGGGUCCACUUCACCUGCCUGACUGUCAUCAUCACCAUAGUCAGCACCUUCCUGUCGUUCCUGCGGCCCACCAUCAACGCCUACGCCCUCAACAGCAUCGCCAUCCACAUCCUCUACAUCGUCGUCCAAGAGUACAAGAAGACCAACAAUAAGGAACUUCGGCACCUCAUCCAAGUCUCUGUGGUGCUGUGGGCUGUGGCCCUGACCAGCUGGGUCAGUGACCGACUGCUUUGCAGUUUCUGGCAGCAGAUUAAUUUCUUUUACCUACACAGCAUCUGGCAUGUGCUCAUCAGCUUCACCUUCGUGUACGGUACAGUGGUCAUGGCUUUGGUGGACGCUGAAUACGAGAUGCCAGGCCAGAUGCUCAAAGUCCGAUACUGGCCUCGGGACACAUGGCCCAUGGGACUGCCCUAUGUGGAAGUCAGGAGUGACAACAAGAACUGCUGA